AAGCGACUGUAAUUGUCGAGAGAAUGAGAAAUUUGUCGAUUUAUUUUCUGUCUGCCCGGCAAUUAAGUGUGAAGACAAGAACAGCCGAGAUAGAACACCUACUUAUUGGAUUCAUUCUAAAGAUGGGUGCCAAGUGGAAGUGUCUAAUCAAGCUCGAGAAAAGCAAUACAAGGAAACAGAUGAUGAUUCCUUCUUAAAGGCGUUAGCUUGGUCACUUAUUGCGAGAGAAGACAACAAGGAUAAUAAUAAUAUCAAGCCAGUGCUCAUAGAGUUAAAUACGUGA